AUGCCAGUCCAAAUCCAAAUCGUCUCCGACCUCCAUCUCGAGGCCACAAAAGCCUACGACUACUUCGCCAUCCCCCCCAAGGCCCCCGUCCUCGCCCUCCUCGGCGACAUCGGCACCCCGGCGAAACCCCACGAGCCCGCCUUCCUGCACUUUCUCGCCCGCCAGCUCGCCGCCUUCCGCGCCGUCCUCUUCGUCCCCGGGAACCACGAGGCCUACCGCUCCAGCUGGCCCGAGACGCUCGCGAUCCUCCGCGCCUUCGAGACGGAGGUCCGCGCGGGCGCGGGCGCGGCGCUGGGCGAGUUCGUGCUGCUCGACCGCGGUGUGUUCCGGGUUCCGGGUGAGGAUGUCGUCGUUCUCGGGUGUAGUCUUUUUUCUCGCGUCCCGCCGGAGAGCCGUGAGGAUGUGGGGUUCGGGUUGAAUGAUUUCUUUCAGACGGGGGAUGGGUGGGAUGUUGACGCGCAUAAUGAGGCGCAUAAGAGGGAUCUCGAGUGGUUGAAUGCGCGGGUUGGGGAGCUCGAGGGUUCGGGGGUUGAGAUUGUCGUGUUUACGCACUGGAGUCCUUCGAGGGACGGGAGGGCGGCGGAUCCGAGGCACGCCGGGAGCGCGAUUACGUCUGCGUUUUCGACGGAUUUGUCUGGGGAGGUGUGCUUCCGGAGUAAAGAUGUCAAGAUCUGGGCUUUUGGGCACACGCAUUUCAACUGCGAUUUCACGGUUGAGAGGGAGGACGCGCCGGCGCUGAGGUUACUUGCGAAUCAGAGGGGUUACUAUGGCGAAGCUGGGGGAUUCGACGUGGAGAAGGUUAUUCAGCUGUGA